UUCACUGUCACACUCAGGAAGUGGGAAAGAGAGUAAUACAUUCUUCAUGAUUGCCUUAAGUGUGUAUGGCGGUUCCAUCUGUCUCAGAUGCCGAUUGCAUCUUCUCCGUCAAUAUAAUCAACCUUGUCAAAUACCCUACCGCAUAUUCAGGCCUCGGCAUCCAACUCUGCGCCGCUUCGCUACCGAAUCCUCUGCGCCCGUCGACCACGACCUAUCUUCUGAAGUGAAUGAUGAGACACCCGAUAGUAAGCAUCGUUCCAAAGCUGGAUACCAUGGAGGCCACAAGAAACGUGGAGGAACAUCAAGGAGGUUGAACACUCUCUUGAAGCCGAAGAGACGCCUUUCUCGCAAUCGGAUUCUUACAGAAGAUACGCAAAGCCUUGACUCUAAUAUGCUUGGCAAACCUGCCUCUGUACUCAUCAUGAGGGAUGGAGGUACUUAUCGAAGGAAAAAUAGUAUUCCCUUUCAUUCGAACGACGCCGAGGACGAGUCCAAUAACCAAAGUACCGAUAUCGAGGCCCUGCUCGCCAGCCAGCGAGAAUCACCCGUCGCCGAAGAGGUUCGCAAGAACAUUGACGGCUUAAAGCCCAAGACGGAGACUGCCCUAUCCGAAAGGGAGUUCCGCAAGUUACAGGUUUCGCUUAUAAACGGUUUUCUAAACCCACAGCUUGAAGAUUAUCUCGACCACAAUAAAAAAUCCAUUCCGUUCGAGUUCAAAGUCGACGCCAAGUCAACCAUUGGCAAGGGGGACUGGGCCAAGUAUAUCACCCCAUGGGCGCCACUGGGUAGUCAGUCGAGCAUCCCGAGCGAAGUCGAACCCAGUCUGUAUGGAUAUGUGGCCGAUUCAGCCACUCCGAAGGAGAGGCUUGCUGUUCGAAUCAUGCGUGAAUGCUGGUGUCUUUCAAUCGGAGAGCUCGACACUGGACUCGGCGAAAUGAGAGUGGUAAUUCAAAGUAGCGAGUUCCUUCUCUUGAUGCGCGGUACCCAGCGGUGGAUGUCCGUUAUGGGUCAAAUAUGGCUAGACCCUGGCGAAAAGAUCGAGGCUUUUCAGGAUAAGAAGAUGCUGCGUUUUGUCACAACAAAACCAAAAGCUGCUAUCCUGGUAAAAGAGCUGCAUGACACGAUCAAGCAGAUCACGUCUAAGACGUUUAGGAUGAGUUACGUCUCCCGCGAGCCCAUCGACGAAGCCUUUCUAGAAGAGGUCGGGCGUAUUACGAAUACGCAUGUCAGAAAGAAACAAAAUUCUAACCUGCUCCAAGUUACUUGGAUAGAGCUGAAGGCACGCGCUGCACAAGGUCUCACAUGCCUAGAAAACCUGAGCGAGGUCGUCAUCCGCUUACUGCUUACCGCUUUCACUCCACAGCCGGGGAGGACCACUAGUCUUUAUGUGGACGGUGUGGACGAUGAAGCUGCUGGGCGGUUCGUUGUGGAUACGGUAAGCAAGGAAAGGUUGGGAUGGAAAGACAGGAUGAGCCAAUGGGUUCGCUACGUGCUCCCACUGGCGCCUGAAGGUGGCCGUUCAGUAGCGAAGAGUACGCUGAGAAGGCUCGCACUUCCAGUAGAGCCAUAUACGGAGGUGCCUGACUUCGACGAGAAUGAGGAAUUCCUGCCUAGUUCGCGGUUCCCUGCUCACCCGACAAAGUGGGCUGAACAUCAUAAAGUAUCAACCAGGGCGGGCUUCGGCUAUUUACUACAUGAAAAUAGCCCUGAUGCCUCGCCGCCUCCCCUACCUGACAUCCUAACCGCCAACCACCCGCGCGUGUUUGCACCCGUCGCGCCGCAUCCUCUUCACCUUGCUAGAUUGGAAGCAAAUAACGACGAAGCGGACCAUACACUCAUACAGAUGAAAACCACAGUAGUCAUCCAUUUUUGGCCGCAAAAAAAGAGCAAAUCCAAACAAGAGUAUUCUCCUACAUUGCAAGCACCUCUACUCGAGCUUCGCCUCGCAACUUCAGGCACCGAAGUCAAAGGCGUUGAGAGCUUGCGCGCCAUCAAGCAAACGCAAAUCACAGACGUAAUGCUUCCCGCCUCCCUCGUUGAUUUACGCUUCACGCAAGCGCAGUACUGGGAACUAGAGGGCAAGCCUGCCGAAUUCUCUAACUGGCAGCCUCUUGCCGACUUCCUCGGGCCCGCACGCAUCGACCUAGCGCGCGGCAAACUCGACGUGCCUCCGCAGCAGAAGUUCCCUAUCCCGAAGCGCCUCUUCAACUACUCAGAUUCCAAUCUUCCUUCCACAGAUGAAGACGUUUCCACGGACCCAAACGAACUUAUUAGUACUUCGUACACAUUCACCGGCCUCGAAAUUCGGCGGUCUGUUUCGAUGCCGUACGAGGGGUUUCGAUUGACAUACGCUUCCGUAGACACGGAACGAACGGGUGGGCACAGAACCGAGGUCAGCCUUGAGCCUAGCGAAACUUCGAUCACCGAGAUAGACUUGAACAAACUGCAUGAUGACUUCCUAGUCACUUGUGAAAGGUUUGCUCGCACCGAUGCCUUCUGGUCGGGACAUUUAACUACUAGAUGAGAUGCUUAGUAGCCAUUUAGGACUACAAAGUUAAGAGGUCCAGGCCCAUUCAUGUGGGCAUUCGAUAUAUUUGUGCUAAUGGGUACCAUAGUAGUUUAGGGCUGCGUAUAUAGAGAUAAUCCACUCGGACCUUAGAUUAUGUAGAUUAUGUAAAUAAAGUCUCUGCGUGCCUACUCAACUCAAUUAC